AUGGAGCCCGAACCAGAACCCGCAACUAUCGAGGUGCCUGCGGGGCGCGUGCUCAGUGCCCGGGAGCUGCUCGCCGCCCGCGCGCGGCCCCAGAAGCUGCCCCAGCGCGCGCAUGGCCCCAAGGACUUCCUCCCCGACGGCUCCGAGGCCCAGGCCGAGCGGCUGCGCCGGUGCCGCGCCGAGCUCUGGCAGCUGCUGGCGGAGGAGCGCGUGGAGCGCCUGGGCAGUUUGGUGGCCGCCGAAUGGAGACCGGAGGAGGGGUUCGUGGAGCUGCAGACGCCUGCGGGUAAGUUCUGGCAGACCAUGGGCUUCUCGGAGCAGGGCCGGCAGCGGCUGCACCCGGAGGAGGCGCUGUAUCUGCUGGAGUGUGGCUCCAUCCAGCUCUUCCACGAAGACCUGCCCUUGUCUGUCCAGGAGGCCUACCAGCUGCUGCUGUCCGAGGGCACCGUGACUUUCCUGCAGUACCAGGUCUUCAGUCACCUGAAGAGACUGGGCUAUGUGGUUCGACGGUUCCAGCCAAGCUCCAUCCUGUCCCCUUAUGAGAGGCAGCUGAAGUUGGCCAGCAGCACCCAGUGCCUGGAGGAUGGGACUGGCAAGAGGAAGAGGAGGGGCUCCAGCUCUCGGUCCAUUCAUAAGAAGUCCAAGACCCUGGAGAACCCCCUACAGGGAGCAGAUGGGACACCCAAGAGCCUGGGAACCUCUGUCCCCCCUUCCCUCAGCCAGGACCGCCGGUGCCCGGAGGAGGAACCCCAGGAGGAAAGGCCCGUAAAGGGCCCAGCGGGCCUCUCUCAGCCUUGGGGUUCCCCGGAGCCCGGCCCUGGCCUGGCCAGGGAGGUGGGGGGGUGCGGCCAGGAAGGGGGCAAAGUGGAGAACGGGGUCACGGGGCCUCGAAAGCCGCGCUGGGACUUUGAGCGGAUCUCCUUCCCCAACAUGGCCGCAGACAGCCGCCACACCCGCCUGCUUGCCCCGGCCCCGGAGCUGCUCCCGGCCAACGUUGCAGGGCGGGAGGCGGACGCCGAGCCCUGGUGCCAGAAGCUGAACCAGCGCAAGGAGAAGCUCUCCCGACGCGAACGGGAGCAGCAGGCAGAGGCCCAGCCGCUGCGGGAGGAUGUGAACGCCGACCCCGAGGUGCAGCUCUGCUCCAGCUGGCCGGAGUACAAGCAGCUGCUGCGGAGGCGGCACCUGCAGGCCGCCCAGAGCCGCCCCUGGCACCUGUGGGGCCAGCCCGUCACCCCCCUGCUGAGCCCCAGCCAGGCAGACUCCCCAGCCUCAGUGCUUCAACUCAUCUCUGUGCUGCAGGCGACACACCUUGCUGAGGGGGGUGCCUGGCUGCAAGAGAAGCCUGGGAGCUUGGAGAUCAGCUUUGAUGUUUACCAGGCUGACGCCGUGGCCACGUUCCGGAAGAAUAACCCUGGCAAGCCCUGUGCCCGGAUGUGCAUCAGUGGAUUUGAUGAACCAGUCCCAGACCUCUGCACCCUCAAGCGGCUGUCCUACCAGAGCGGGGAUGUUCCUCUGGUAUUUGCUCUGGUGGACCAUGGAGACCUCUCCUUCUACAGCUUCCGGGACUUCACUCUGCCCAGGGACCUGGGACAGUGA